GGUCCGCCCCUUUUCUGCAGCGGUCGAAUUCGUGAACCUAGUUCAGGUGCUUGGCUGGGCUGGAAGCCGCGGCCCGUCGGCUGGCGGGACGCUCUAGGCCGCGCGGGUUCGUCUCUAUGACCCCAGGAGGCGGUCCCCGGUGCCCUCAGCGCGCGCGGAGGGGGUGCGGGUCAGUUCCGCGCGGCGCUGUCGGGGAACCAUGGCAGCCCCAAGAGAAAAUGUCAAUUUAUUAUUCAAGUUAUACUGCUUGGCAGUGAUGACCCUGGUGGCUGCAACUUAUACCAUAGCUUUAAGAUACACAAGGACAUCAGACAAAGAACUCUACUUUUCAACCACAGCCGUGUGUAUCACAGAAGUUAUAAAGUUAUUGCUAAGUGUGGGCAUUUUAGCUAAAGAAACUGGUAAUCUGGGUAGAUUCAAGGCAUCUUUGAGAGAGAAUGUCUUGGGGAGCCCCAAGGAACUGAUGAAGUUGAGUGUGCCUUCCUUAGUGUAUGCUGUGCAGAACAACAUGGCUUUUCUAGCCCUGAGCAAUCUGGAUGCAGCGGUGUACCAGGUGACGUACCAAUUGAAGAUUCCCUGCACUGCUCUAUGUACUGUUUUAAUGUUAAACCGGACGCUUAGCAAGUUACAGUGGAUUUCAGUUUUUAUGCUGUGUGGGGGAGUCAUACUCGUACAGUGGAAACCAGCCCAAGCCACAAAAGUCGUGGUGGAACAGAAUCCACUGUUAGGAUUUGGCGCUAUAGCUGUUGCUGUAUUGUGCUCAGGAUUUGCAGGAGUAUAUUUUGAAAAAGUUUUGAAGAGUUCAGACACUUCCCUUUGGGUGAGAAACAUUCAGAUGUAUCUAUCGGGGAUUGUUGUGACAUUAGUUGGCGUCUACUUGUCAGAUGGAGCUGAAAUUAAAGAAAAAGGAUUUUUCUUUGGUUACACAUAUUAUGUCUGGUUUGUCAUCUUCCUUGCCAGUGUUGGAGGCCUCUACACGUCUAUUGUGGUCAAAUACACAGACAAUAUCAUGAAAGGCUUUUCAGCGGCAGCUGCUAUUGUCCUGUCUACCAUCGCUUCAGUGAUGCUGUUCGGAUUACAGAUAACACUCACCUUUGCUCUGGGUACUCUUCUUGUUUGUGUUUCUAUAUAUCUCUAUGGCUUACCCAGACAAGACACUACGUCCAUCCAACAAGGAGAAACAGAUUCAAAAGAGAGAGUCAUUGGUGUGUGACUUUAGCCUCAAAAGAGAAUCCUACUAAGACUAAACCAUUUAUAUUAAACUAGAGCCUUAAGUCAAUUUCAGAAGGUAGAUUUAAAAAACAAAAACUGUUGGCCUAAGAAUUAAGAAGAAAGCUAUGUGAAUGAAUUGCAGAGUUUUAAUGUGACCUGUUUGGAAUCAACCUGUUAUAAGAAUGAAGGAUUUUUAUUAUUGUAUAUAUAAUAAUGUAUAUAUAAAAGUAUGGAGAUGAUGUGGUGUUUAAAAAAAAAUCAUGCGAGGCUGCAAUAUUCAAUUAAUGAGGUUUGGGAUUAUGUUAAAGGUUAAAGUGCCAAAGCCAUUUCUGUACUAACUGUUCUCUUGUUCAGGUACCAGGGGAAAAGGGUUGACCCCUCCUUAUUCUCCAAGGCAUGUACAGUAUUUAGUCCCAGCAGCAAUGAACCUAACUUUUUUCUUACAAAAGGGAGGCAAAAACAAGACAGGCUGGUUCAGAAACAAACUGAAUGUGUAACUUCAACUGAAUCUAUUUAGAAACUCAGACAAUGAUGUAUGGGUGGUGACUGAAUACCCCUUUAAGUGCUGUCUUUGUGCCAUUCAUUGUCUGGAUUCAUAUUUCUUUGCUGUUAGAGGAUAUACUUUUCUUCAAAAAAUAUUUCUAAUGUCACUUUUGUACUUUUUUAAUAAAGUAUGUAACUGUCGCGCUCUCAAUAAUUUGUGAAAUUUCAGUGUUUUUUAAAAAAAUUUCUAUGAUAUGGGAAAAUUCAGCAAUAAACUUAAUUUAUUAUAUGAAA